AUCAUGAUAUUUCAAGCAGUUGCCGUCCUAUUUCUUGGGACGUGCGCACUCGCCGAUAUACCCGAGCUUGGUGAUGUGUGUACGGAGGGGAGCUGCUACCCCGCCACCGGAGACCUUCUCAUCGGUAGAGCUCAACAGCUGUCAGCCACUUCCACUUGCGGACUUGUGAAACCAGAACCGUUUUGCAUCGUCAGCCAUCUUCAGGAGGAGAAAAAGUGCUUUGUUUGUGACUCCACUGUGCCCUAUGACGAGAGUCUUCACACCACCAGUCACAGGAUUGAGAACGUUGUCACCACAUUUGCCCCCAACCGACUAAAGACAUGGUGGCAGUCUGAAAAUGGUAUGGAGAAUGUUACCAUUCAGUUGAACUUAGAGGCAGAAUUUCACUUCACUCACCUCAUCAUGACCUUUAAGACCUUCCGUCCUGCUGCCAUGAUGAUCGAACGCUCGGCAGAUUUUGGGAAAACGUGGCAGGUGUACCGAUACUUCGCUUAUGACUGCGAGGCCUCCUUCCCUUCUGUAUCUCAGGCGCCGAUGAAGAAAGUCGACGACGUGAUCUGUGACUCUCGCUACUCUGACAUCGAGCCUUCGACCGAAGGCGAGGUCAUCUUCCGCGUGUUAGAUCCGGCAUUUAAGAUCGACGAUCCUUACAGUCCUCGAAUCCAGAACUUGCUGAAGAUCACUAAUCUGAGAGUGAAGUUCAUUAAGCUCCACACUCUGGGUGACAAUCUUCUGGACUCCCGCAUGGAGAUAAAGGAGAAAUAUUACUAUGCCAUCUAUGAUAUGGUGGUGAGAGGAAACUGUUUCUGCUAUGGCCAUGCAUCCAAAUGCGCCCCUGUUAACGGAGCUGGAGAUAUUGUGGAAGGCAUGGUCCAUGGCCAUUGUAUGUGUAAUCACAACACCAUGGGACUGAACUGUGAAAGAUGUCAGGACUUUUACCACGACCUGCCCUGGAGACCUGCUGAGGGUCGCAACACCAAUGCCUGCAAAAAGUGCAACUGUAAUCAGCACUCGACUUCGUGCCACUUUGACAUGGCGGUGUACAUGGCCUCGGGCAAUGUGAGCGGCGGUGUGUGCGAUGAUUGUCAACACAACACGAUGGGCCACAACUGUGAACAGUGCCGACCGUUCUUCUAUCAGCACCACGCCAGGGACAUUAGAGACCCCAGCAUCUGUGAACCAUGUAACUGUGAUCCGGUGGGUUCCCUUAAUGGAGGCAUCUGUGAUGCACUGACGGACGUGUCUAUGGGACUGAUCUCUGGUCAGUGUCGCUGUAAGCCCAAUGUGGAAGGAGAACGCUGUGAUCAGUGUAAACAGGGAUACUAUGGCCUCAGCGAUGACCCGCUGGGCUGCAAACCGUGCACCUGUAAUCCUCUGGGUACGGUGCCCGGUGCGAGCCCAUGUGACACAGACACUGGAAACUGUUACUGUAAACGCUUGGUCAUGGGCAGAAACUGUGACCAGUGUAUGCCUCAGCACUGGGGUCUCAGUAACGACAUGGAUGGCUGUAGACCAUGUGACUGUGAUGUGGGCGGAGCCAUUAAUAACGAUUGUUCUCCAGAGACAGGUCAGUGUCAGUGUCGGGAACACAUGUUCGGGCGACGCUGUGAUCAGGUGGAGUCCGGAUUUUACUUCAUUGCUCUGGAUCACUAUACAUACGAGGCUGAAGAUGCUACAUUAGGACCGGAUGUGACAGUGGUGCGGAGGCCCUAUCCUCAGGAUCGUUCUCCUACCUGGACAGGUGUUGGAUUUGUAAACGUUCCUGAAGGAGCAUACCUAGAGUUCAACAUCAAUAACAUCCCUCACUCCAUGGAAUAUGACAUCCUUAUACGCUAUGAACCCCAGUUACCAGAGCAGUGGGAGGAAGUGCACGUUACUGUAGUCAGGCCUCAGAUCAUCAUGGCUGACAGCCGCUGUGUCAACACCAUGCCAGAUGAUGACAACCAAAUAGUGUCCCUGCACCCUGGUUCCAGAUACGUGGUGCUGCCGCGGCCUGUGUGUUUUGAGGAAGGUCUGAACUACACAGUGAAACUGAACCUGCCGCUGUAUUCUGCCCUCAGUGAUGUUCAGUCUCCAUAUACACUCAUCGACUCAAUUGUGCUGAUGCCCCACUGUAAGAGCCUGAAUAUGUUUUCGGGUUCUGAGGGAGUGGAUGUGGUAACAAACAGCGCAUGGGAAACGUUCCAGCGAUACCGUUGUCUGGAGAACAGUCAGGGAGUUAUCAAAACACCCAUGACUGAUAUCUGCAAAAACUACAUCUUCAGUGUGUCUGCGCUGCUGCAUCAGGGAGCUAAAGCCUGUGAAUGUGAUCCUCAGGGCUCUCUCAGUACAGUGUGUGAUCCCAAUGGUGGCCAGUGCCAGUGUCGGACCAACGUCGUGGGCAGAAACUGUGAUAAAUGUGCCCCUGCCACCUUCCUGUUCGGACCCGGCGGCUGCCGACCUUGUGACUGUAGUCCUCAGGGUUCGGUUCAUGCAUUCUGCCACGAGGCCACUGGUCAGUGUGAGUGUAUCCGCGGUGCGUACGGUCGUCAGUGUGACCACUGUCUCCCCGGUCACUGGGGUUUUCCAAACUGCCGCCCCUGUACCUGUAACGGCCACGCCGAGCAGUGCGAUCCCCAGACGGGAGAGUGCCUGGGCUGUCGAGACUACACCACCGGACACAACUGUGAGAGGUGUUUUAAUGGCUACUAUGGCAACCCGGUUUUGGGAUCAGGGGACCACUGCCGUCCAUGUCAGUGCCCAGACGGGCCGGGUGCCGGUCGGCAGUUUGCCAGCGGCUGCUAUAAGAGUCAUGACUCCCACCAGGUGUUCUGUGUUUGCAAUCCAGGAUACAAAGGUGCCAGGUGUGAUGAGUGUGCACCUGGUUUCUAUGGUAACCCUCAUGUGGUGGGUGGACGGUGCCAGGCCUGUGAGUGCAACAACAACAUUGACAUGGUGGAUCCAGGGUCCUGUGAUGCCCGUACCGGCGCCUGUCUGAAAUGUCUAUACCACACAGAGGGCAGGAACUGCCAGCUCUGCAAACUGGGUUACUAUGGCAAUGCCCUCACCCAGAGCUGCAGGAAGUGUGUGUGUAACCACAUGGGCACUGCACAAGAGAGCUGUCCAUCUCUGGGUGACUGUCACUGUGACCAGAGCAGUGGGCAAUGCCAGUGUCUGCCUAAUGUGGAGGGGCAACAUUGUGACCUUUGUGCCCCCAAUACCUGGAAUAUGGCCAGUGGGCGAGGAUGUGAGGAGUGUGACUGUGAUCCCAAUCAUUCCUUCAGCUUGUCCUGUAAUGAGAUCACUGGUCAGUGUUCCUGUAAGCCUGGUUUUGGUGGGAGAACAUGCCGUGAAUGCAGAGAGCUGUUUUGGGGAAACCCAGAGGUUAAAUGUCACGCAUGUGACUGUGAUCCCAGAGGUAUUGCUGAACCCCAGUGUAAUAAGGCGACAGGUCAGUGCGUGUGUGUGGAAGGAGUGUCGGGGCCACGCUGCGAUACGUGUGCGCGGGGUUAUUCUGGAGAGUUCCCUAACUGUGAACGCUGUCAUCAGUGUUUCGCUGACUGGGACUUGAUCGUGGGUGACCUCACCAACCAAACGUACAGACUGGUACAGAAAGUCAACACCAUUAAAACCAGUGGCAUCACUGGACCGUACCAGGACACCAUCAAUAACAUAGAGAGAAAUGCCAACACCAUCCGAAAUAUUCUGGCUCAGAACCCUGCUACCCAGCCCCUCACUGAGAUACAAGAACUAUUGGAGCAAGCCACGUCUCUGAUGGAAGAGAUGAACAAUAAACUGAAUACCACAGAGGACACCUUGUCUCAGAUCAAGACUGACAACAACAGCACAGAUACAAAGUUGGACUCUCUGAGGGAGGAGGCAGAGAAACUGGAGCGGACAGUCAAAGACCUUCUAGACCAAGUAGAACUGAUCAAGAACUCUGAUAUUCGAGGAGCCACAGACAGUGUAAGCAAGUACUAUCAGCAGUCCCUGGCCGCCGAGGCCCGUGUCAACGCCUCGAUGUCUGGGCCUGACAGCUUGGUCGAGCAGUCCUCCACCCUACGUCAUCUGACGGAGGCCAGCAUGAACGAAACUAAAGAGGACUUCCUCAGCAGACAGGAGGAACACGCCAAGAGUCUGGAUGACUUGGCCGGACAGCUGGAGACUCUGGAUCUGUCUGAGCUGAGCCAAAAGACCUGUGGCAGUCCGGCAGGAUCAGAGGGAUGCUCAGAUUCGCCCUGCGGCGGCCUUAGCUGCGUGGAUGAAGACGGGAACAAGAAGUGCGGAGGAGUGGGGUGUGACGGCCUAACCACUCUUGCCCAGGAUGCCUUGCAGAAAGCCAAAGACUUUGACGUGGAGAUCGCCAGUGCCAUGGAGGAAGUGGACAAGCUCUCUAAGAUGGUGUCUGAGGCCAAGGUGAAAGCGGACCAGGCCAAGCAAAGUGCUCAGGAAGUUCUUCUGAAGACUAAUGAGACCAAACAGCGUGUGGACCAGAGCAAUGAGGAGCUACGAAACCUUAUCAAAAAGAUCAGAGACUUCCUCACAGAAGAUGGGGCUGAUCUGGAGAGUAUUGAGGCAGUGGCCAAUGAGGUGCUGGCAAUGCAGAUGCCCACCACGCCCGCGCAGCUGCAGAACCUGACCAACGACAUCCGAGAGCGUGUGGCAAGCCUCUCCGGGGUGGAGGUCAUCCUCAACCUGAGCGCCGACGAUAUCCAACGAGCUGAGAACCUUCUAGAACAAGCCCGCAAAGCUAGGAAAGAGGCGUCUGAUGUAAAAGACACUGCUGAGAUGGUGAGGGAGGCUCUAGAGGAAGCAGAACGUGCUCAGAACCAAGCGACUGAGGCCAUUAAACAAGCCACCACAGACAUUAAAGGCACUCAGCAACUUCUGAUCUCAGCGGAGUCUGAGACAGCUAAUUCUGAGUUUAAGCUCAGUAAUGCCACCCAGAGGCUGCUCCGCCUGGAGAGAGAUGUAGCUGUGUUAAAGGAGAAAGCCCAGAGCACUAACAUAAGCGCAGACAAGACAGAGAGAGACGCCGAGACAAUCAACCAGAUGGCUGAACAGAUUAAAAAGGACCUGGAUUCAGAGCUGAAGGAUAAGUACAGUGAGGUGGAGAGUCUAAUCUCUGAGAAAGCAGAGGGAGUGGCAGAUGCCAAGAAGAGAGCAGAGAUGCUCCAACAGGAAGCCAAAGACCUGCUACUACAGGCCAGCAGCAAACUGCAGCUCUUAAAAGAUCUGGAGAAAUCCUAUGAGGAGAACCAGCGGACGCUGGAGGACAAGGCCAGCCAGCUGGUGGAUCUGGAGGCAGCUGUGAAACAGCUGUUACAUGACAUCAGUCAGAAAGUCACUAUAUACAGCACAUGCUUGUUUUAACAGUAAAAUGAACUAGGUUUCAAUUACCUCCACUUACAAGUGGAAAAAAAAAUAAAACAAUGUGAAAGAAAUGCAUUUUAUGACAAAAUGACAAAAAUGUGGUAUUUUGGCCAGAUGAAAGCAACACUUUGGCCUAGUGAAAGCAUGUACUAUCUGAGUUAAAAUGAAUCAAUAUGACAUUUUCUUCCAUCUCAAUUGACCUAUCCACUAACAAAGGAAAUGUCUGUGUGGCCUGUGUUUUUGGUCACUGAACACAUUAACGAUAAUGAGCAAUCCGUUUAAAAAAAAAAAAGAGAGAUAAAAUGCAAAACACUUUCUGAAGCCUUAACAGGAAGUAUAUAAACCAAAUGCUCUGAAUGUGAAUCACUGACUUUGUUAACCAUGAGACUGCAAGGAUGUAUUCCUCCCUACUCCCCCAGUUUAUUGGACUGUAUUUCAAUUUUUUAACAUUUACUGACAAUUAAAGUUGUCUGGACCAAACUUUUUUUAUACGAACACAGCUAAAUAAACAUUUUUACAAGCAGAA